GAAUUAAUUACCAAAGCUGGACAAAAUACUGAAAGAAAUCCAGGAGCUCGGUCCUGAUCCACAAGAAUACACGAACAUCACCAGAGGUUUAACUGAAUUACCCUCUCAUAUGGAAGACUGGGAUACACCGACCUGGGAGAUUACGGAGUGAAACUGGUGCCUGCGGCUCUGAGGAACCCGGACUGUAAAAUACAGACACUGGGGCUGCAAAGUGUCGGUCUCACAGAUUCUGGAGCUGAAGAUCUCGCCUCCACUCUCAGUACACACCACACGGUGAUGUGGCUGUGGCUGACUGGGAAUAAACUUGGAGAUUCCGGAGUGAAACUGGUGUCUGCUGCUCUGAGGAACCCGGACUGUAAAAUACAUAGACUGGGGCUGCAACGUGUCGGUCUCACAGAUUCUGGAGCCGAGGAUCUCGUCUCCACUCUCAGUACAAACCCCUCACUGACGAAGCUGUACCUGACGGACAACUUCCUCACAGACCGAUGUGUCCCCGCUCUCUGCCGUCUCAUACUGAGCCUCCCGAGUCUGGAGCUAAUCAGGCUGAGGGGGAAUAACUUCACUGCGACCGGGGAGGAGAAACUGAGGUCGCUGCAGGAACCCAGACCCGGAGUGAGUGUGGACUUGUGAACAUCUCUGGGUGUAAACGUCACCGCCCUGGGGACCUGAAUAUUGUUGGCCGAUUCCCCGCCCUCCCCUUUAAAUGGCCGCCCUCCCCUUUAAACCCCAACGCUUCCCGGACCGGCCGGGCGGUGACAUCAGAGGCGACCCUGCCUGCUGUCACGUGACCCGGGUACGCGGCGCUGCUGCUCCUGAUGCCGGAUAUCCGGUGCUGCCCUCCAGUGGGGGACGGGGAAAUUACA